CACAAGGCGGAAGCCAUGGCGGAGGCGGCGGCUGCAGCGGGCGGGACCGGCGCGGGCGCGAGCUCGGGCUCUGGAGCUGACCGGGAUCGGGACCCAGAUCGCGCAGGGCGGCGGCUGCGGGUUCUCUCGGGCCAUCUGCUGGGCCGGCCCCAGGACGCUCUGAGUACCAAUGAGUGCAGAGCGCGGAGAGCCGCGGCAGCGGCCACGGCGGCGCCCACGGCCACUCCCGCCGUGCAAGAGUCGGGCAUCAUCCCCAAGAAGCGGCAAGAAAUUAUGAAAUGGAAUGGAUGGGGAUAUAAUGAUUCCAAGUUCUUCUUCAAUAAGAAGGGGCAAGCUGAAUUGACUGGGAAAAGGUAUCCUCUUAGUGGCAUGGUUUUACCAACUCUUAGAGAAUGGAUCCAAAAUACCCUUGGAGUAACUCUGGAGCAUAAAACUACCUCUAAAGCAUCUUUAAAUCCUAGUGAUACUCCUCCUUCUAUUGUAAAUGAAGAUUUUCUUCAUGAACUUAAAGCAACCAAUAUUUCAUAUUCACAAGAAGCAGAAGAUCGAGUAUUUAGAGCUCAUGGUCAUUGUCUUCAUGAGAUAUUUUUGCUCAGGGAAGGAAUGUUUCAGCGAAUUCCUGAUAUAGUUUUAUGGCCAACAUGUCAUGAUGAUGUAGUUAAGAUUGUGAAUCUAGCUUGCAAAUAUAACCUUUGUAUCAUACCAAUUGGUGGCGGAACAAGUGUUUCAUAUGGCCUGACGUGUCCUGCGGAUGAGACACGAACAAUUAUUUCUUUGGACACUUCACAAAUGAAUCGAAUCCUUUGGGUUGAUGAGAACAAUCUGACAGCUCAUGUAGAGGCUGGCAUAACAGGACAAGAGUUGGAAAGACAGCUUAAGGAAAGUGGUUAUUGUACAGGUCACGAACCAGAUUCCCUGGAAUUUAGCACUGUGGGAGGAUGGAUUUCGACUCGGGCAUCAGGCAUGAAGAAGAAUAUCUAUGGCAACAUUGAGGACCUGGUGGUUCAUAUAAAAAUGGUAACACCUAGAGGUACAAUAGAAAAAAGCUGUCAAGGACCUCGUAUGUCAACAGGCCCUGAUAUCCAUCACUUCAUCAUGGGAUCUGAAGGAACUCUUGGUGUAAUAACAGAAGCUACAAUAAAAAUCAGACCAGUCCCAGAAUACCAAAAGUAUGGCUCAGUAGCUUUCCCUAAUUUUGAACAAGGAGUAGCCUGUUUAAGAGAAAUUGCAAAACAGAGAUGUGCUCCUGCAUCUAUUCGCCUUAUGGACAACCAGCAGUUUCAGUUUGGUCAUGCUCUUAAACCUCAGGUUUCCUCUAUUUUUACAUCAUUUUUGGAUGGAUUAAAAAAGUUUUAUAUCACAAAGUUUAAAGGAUUCGAUCCAAAUCAGCUAAGUGUAGCCACAUUAUUAUUUGAGGGGGACCGUGAGAAAGUUCUUCAACAUGAAAAACAAGUAUAUGAUAUUGCUGCAAAAUUUGGUGGGCUGGCUACCGGAGAAGAUAAUGGACAGAGAGGUUAUUUACUCACCUAUGUCAUUGCGUACAUUCGAGACUUGGGUUUGGAAUACUAUGUAUUAGGAGAAUCUUUUGAGACUUCUGCUCCUUGGGACAGGGUUAUAGAUCUCUGCAGAAAUGUCAAAGAAAGAAUAAUAAGGGAAUGCAAAGAGAGGGGUGUUCAAUUUGCUCCUCUUUCCACAUGCAGGGUGACUCAAACAUACGAUGCAGGUGCAUGUAUCUACUUCUAUUUUGCCUUUAACUACAGAGGAAUUAGUGACCCACUGUCCGUGUUUGAACAAACUGAGGCAGCUGCCAGAGACGAAAUCCUUGCUAACGGAGGGAGCCUCUCGCAUCAUCAUGGAGUGGGCAAGUUACGGAAGCAGUGGCUAAAGGAAAGUAUCUCUGAUGUUGGCUUUGGGAUGCUGAAGUCUGUCAAGGAGUACGUGGACCCCAAUAACAUCUUUGGAAACAGAAACCUUUUAUAAAUCCUUUAGAAUCAUUAUGGAAAAUGUCACUUUUUUGUUUUUUAAAGUCUUCAACUAUGGUUAUACCAGUAAUCAAAUAUAUCAUGGAUUAUAUUUUGGCUACAUUUGUUUGUUGGUUUAAAAUAAGUUUGUUUUCCUUCUGUAGUUUGUUUUGUUUCCACAUCUGUGGAUUGACAGAUGGUAUUCCUAAAUCUCUCACUGUAGGCAUCAGUUUACGGCCAACCGGUUGUCAUUUCAAAUAUUAAGUAGCUCAAGGCUGCCAGUUAUUUCAGAGGAAGAUGCUCCCGGCUGUUUUGUAUUGAAGCUUCCUCUUGGGGAACAAAGACAGAUUUUGGUAUCAUCUAUCGCUUAUCUAGCCUCUUUUUAGAACAGUGUUUCUAGAAGCAGAUAUCUAGGGAAGGAUUCCACUGAGGAGUGUUUGUGUGUGUGUGUGUGUUUUUAAGAGCAUAUUCUAUUGUAAGUAGGCCAUUAAGGGAGGAUGCUCAUGAAAGAACUUAGGCAACAUGUUACUUAGGACUUGGUUAGUGCUGUAAGGUGCUUGGCCUACAGUUUUCUUUGAAAUUAGUAUACAGUUACAAAAUCUUAAAUCAUCAGUGAACAGUUACUCUGUUCUCCUUGUUUCUGUUGCUACUGAGGGAUGAGUUGUAUUUGUAUCACUGAGAUAACCCGAGAUUAUGUCCUACUUCACUCAUUCUAUAUUUUGUGAGAAAAGCCAACUUAUCAUCAUUGUCCAUGAAGAACAGGUUUACCAUGAAGUGAAUGCCUCCGUUUAACCUAGAGUCCUCAUGUUUCUGAUUUUACUUUCUUGUUGCUGAACUGCAGAAGCAUCUAUCACAGGAGCACAUGGAAGAUUCCUUACACUUAGUGUCUCCAGUUGAAAGAAUUGUUUGGCUAAAGAACAGUCAUUGUUCAGCUAUUAAUUUCGAAAGACUCAACAGUUUCAAUAACAAAAAUCUUUUUGUUUAAAUUAGCCCAAACAACGUGAUACAUUUUCAUUAUAAAAGUAAAGUUUUGAUUUAGUUUUUAAUAAUGGUUUAAUGCCUUUUUUGAAUUACUGGUUUAACCUAAAUUUUAAAAAAUGUAAUGUAUUAAUGCAUAUACCAUAAUCAAAAGUUUGAAAUAUCCUAUUUCUUAAAUAAUGAGAUCAUUAAUCACAUUUAGCAAACAUUUUUACAUCCAAACUUGGAUAUUAAAAUAAGUGAAAUGCUUACUUUGAAUCACUGUCAGAGUUCAUGAUUCACAUUUUGAGAUGGAUUCUUUUCUUAAUGCAAUACCUAACUUUUGAUAAUUUUUUAAAAUUAAUAUUUGAUCAUAUAUAAGUCAACAUGCAGAUGAUCCUUUUAAAGGACACGCUGUCUGUCUAUGUAGCAACAGCUCCAAAGUCUUUUUGGGCCGUUUGAUACCUUUUAUAUCUGAAGUAGCCUUAACCAGAAAAGUGAAAAUUUAAAAUUGACAAAAUGAUAUUUUUAAGACUUCAAAAUGAUAAUUUUUAACUAUUAAAAUUGGCCUCAAGCUAAUAAACUUAAAUCUGUAAGCAAAUUAAAAUUAAAUAUUAGUUUAGCAACAAAAACUAAAUAUUUAUUUUUUAGAUGCUGCCUCUCUUCAUUGUGAUUUAUUUUUAAUUAUAAAAUGUCCAGCAAAUCUUUGCUUAAAGCCCUUGAUAUUUGAAAUUGUGUGACACUUGAUGAGAAAAUUGCCUCUAGAAUUAUAAAAUUCUCAGCUUUCUAAAAUGCUUCUAUACAUGAAGGUAAUUUCUCUAAUUGGUGAUCAAAAUGUAAAAUUUAACAAGGUACUAAUAUCUCACUGGAAGUGUAUACAUGUUUCUGAAUAGUUUUUUUUUUAAUAAAACAAAUUCAUAAACAGAUCCACUCCUUUGCAUGUGAUUGUUACAUUCUUUCCCAGGGAGUUUGGAUUUCAAUAACCUCAGCAAUCCGUAUUUAAUAUUAGGAAGCUAUAAGUGUAACAUCUGAGAUCCUUGUGUUCACUAUUCUCUAUCAGCAUUAUGGAAAUUACUGCAUUAGGUCUAUUUCUUUUUCCCAUGUAUGCAGGACUCCCCAGCCAUGAUUUUAUAAUGGUGACUGCAUUAUAUAGUUCACGUCAUUUCUACAGGGAUCACAUUAAAACACAAGAACAUUCAUCUGUACUGUUUUCACUCUGAUUUAUCAAAUCAGAAGACCUUCCCCCACUUUCACACACCCACUUCUGGGAGGUGCCUCAGUAUAGACUUCCAGUCUGUGGAGGACUGAGCUCAUGAAUAUGCACAGAAGCACUUCAACCAGGCCUCUUCUGAAGUAUCUGAAAAUGGCUUCAUAAAGUUAAAGCCAGGAGAACAGUGUUUAUGUGAGGCUUCUUAUCUCAUUUUGAGUAUGUUGAUUUAAAUUUUUUUAAGUCUGUAGCCUAUUUAGUUUUCAGUAUUGCAUAAUACUGACUUUACUUUCUUAAAGUUGUAUUUAUAAUGUUUUACUUAAGUUUAAUGAUGUCACAUUUGGGUUGGGGUUUCCCUGGGAAAGGGAACUUGCUGCUAGUGAGAGAUGAUUUUGAAUACUAAAGAUAAUAUGAACAGGCUUUAUUGACCCUUAAACUGUUGCCUUAAUGUUUGGUGCAAUUUAUAGUAGUACGUCAGUGAAUUUUUGGUAACCUGAGCUAAGUAACUUGAGCUUUUUUAGUUUAGUAAGAGUUGUGAGAAGCCACAUGUUUAUUGUGCCCAGGAUUGUACCACAAGGAAAGAGGAUUAAAUUCUUUUUCCCUUCUGAGGAAUUGGGAAUUUUCUUCCUAAAAGUGCUUAUAUAUUAUAGUACUGUACUUAAAAAUUAUUAUGAAACUGGAAGCCUUUUGGUGUGCCUAAGUUGAUACAUUUUGAAAAAACAAAGUGCAGUAAAGGAUGAGCUUCCAUCAGUGUGUGUAUUAUGCCAGAUACAGAUGGUUGCAAGGACACCUUUUUUUUUUUCCAGAAUACUGUAUGAGUAAUUGCUAAAUCCUAGCUUGCAAUUUUGAAAAUGCCUCUUGCAUGUUGGCCCAUGAGAUUUUUCUCUUAAUGUAUUCUUUCAUAGCUUCCUAACCAUGGAUGAUCAGCAGAACUGUAAUCCCAAACAGAAGUGUGAUCCUUUGGCUUUUCAGAUGAGGCUGGAUUUGCUUGCACUUCUGUUCUAUAUAAUUGUGGGAACACAUUUGUUUACUCUGGGUUGAUUCACAAAUUCCAUGUGCUGGUGCUUGAGGCAGUCAGAUGGGAUACUGUGGGAGGCAUAUCUGUAUUUUAAGAAACACUGAGACAGGAGUUAAGGACAGGUUUAAUAACUUUUGAUUUACCACUUAAUCUUUAGCAACUUUGGUUUUAAUCAGGGCUUAGCUCAUGGUAGGAGAAAAGUAGAAAAUGGCAAGUACCAGUUGAGGAUGGAAGAAUCUGCAGUGUUUCUCCUUUGGCUUUAUGAGCUGUGGAAGUGUGGCUUUGCUCAAGGCUUCGUGUUCCCAAAUGAGCCAUAUGUCAAUAUAUUCACUUAAUUCUUACUAAUUUCAGUUUCCUGAAACAGAAACAACUUAUACAUUGAUGUUGAAAUCCAGAAAGUGUAAAAGGUUUACUUAAACUGUUGAAAUAUAGUGUCUGAUAUGAAGGAUGUAAGUUACUCAGCUUUCUGUUCCCUAAGCCAGUGUUUGUCUUCAGUGUGAAAUUUAACUGUACAAAGUACUUGUAAUGUCAAGAGAAUAUAGAAACAUAUUAUUAAUAAAAUGGACCUGGGUCUAAGAAUUCUUUUUCCUUUAA